CGUGACGAAUAAUCUAGUGGACGGUUCUUCAGAAACAGCUCAUCAACCACCUCGGUAGCUUGUUAGCCAACAUAGCCGAAAGAUUCAAGCUAUUUAUACGCUUUCGGUGUAUAUUAGCUGCUGUGUUUUAGACACACAUCUGUCGUAUCUACUUGUUAACCUAUUUAAUUUCAUAUUACGUUAUUUUGUAUUAGUCAGCUAUAGUAGCUGGCUGGUUAAGUUAGCACUAGCCUAGUCGCUAAUGAUAGCUAGCUAACGUCCCCGAACAUGAGCUCCCUAAACUACUCCCCUCCUGUUAAAGAAGAGGAGGUCUGCUGGACGGAGGAAGAAGCUCUGGGGCUGAACAUUGUUGUGAAAGAUGAGAAGGAAGAGGAGGAUGUUACAGUAAAACAACAAGUGGAGGGUGAGGCUGUUACAGUGAAAGAAGAAGAGAAAGACGUUUCAGUGAAAGAAGAGGAAGAGAAAGAGGAGGAAGACGCGUUCAGAGUGAAAGAGGAGGAGGAUGUUACAGUAAAAGAAGAGGAAGAGGAGGAUGCAGUUUUUGGAGUGAAAGAGGAAGGGGCGAUUACUGUCACAUUGGAAGAUGAAGAGGUGGAGAUUGGAGAUCUAAUUAACACAAGAGAGAUACGGGACUACCGUGGAUCCUCUGAGGAGCCUCAACAACAACAUGAUGAUGAAGAGGCAGAGAAGAGUCUCUCCACAUCAGAACACCUCAAGAAACACCAGCGGAGACCCACAGGAAAGAAAUCUCACUACUGCUCUGACUGUGGGAAACGUUGCAGAACUUCAUCAGAACUUAAAAUACACCAGCGAGUACACACAGGAGAGAAGCCUUAUAGCUGUAAUCAAUGUGGGAAGAGUUUUACGACAUCUAGCCAUCUGAUUGUACACCAGAGAACACACACAGGAGAGAAAUCUUAUAGCUGUGAUCAAUGUGGGAAGAGUUUUAUUACAUCUAGCAUUCUGACUCGACACAAGAGAACACACACAGGAGAGAAACCUUAUAGCUGUGACCAAUGUGGGAAGAGUUUUAUUACAUCUGGCAUUCUGACUCGACACCAUAGAACACACACAGGAGAGAAACCUUAUAGCUGUGACCAAUGUGGGAAGAGUUUUAAUACAUCUAGCAUUCUGACUCGACACCAUAGAACACACACAGGAGAGAAAUCGUAUAGCUGUGAUCAAUGUGGGAAGAGUUUUGUUCGAUCUGGCAAUCUGACAGUACACCAGAGAACACACACAGGAGAGAGACCGUAUAGCUGUGGUCAAUGUGGGAUGAGUUAUGUUCGAUCUGACCAUCUGACAGUACACCAGAGAACACACACAGGAGAGAAACCUUAUAGCUGUGACCAAUGUGGGAAGAGUUUUAAUACAUCUAGCAUUCUGACUAGACACCAGAGAACACACACAGGAGAGAACCCUUAUGGCUGUGAUCCAUGUGGGAAGGGUUUUACUACAUCUUGCUAGUUGUAUUUACACAGGAGAGAAAUCUUAUGGCUGUGAUCAAUGUGGGAAGAGUUUUACAACAUCUUGCCAGCUGACUUUAAACCAGAGGACACACACAGGAGAGAGAUCUUAUAGCUGUGACCAGAGAUACUCUGAUAAAAGAUCUCCGAUCAAUCAUCAGAAAAUAAAUACAUGAAGGAGUUGUUUCAUGAUAUCAAUGAAGUAAUGUCACAAUGUAGAAUGUUUUGCCAUUGUAGUAGGAGUAUUCUAAUGAUGUCACAAUGUAGAACCCUAACCCUUUGUCCCCUGUUCUAUUGAUUUCAACAUGAUAUAGAUAUUAGCCUCAGGGGAUAAAUCCAGGCUCUGAAUUGGAAGAGUUACUAUUUAUCUGAUUUAACAAAAAGUGACUAACAAAUAAGUUGUUACACUUAACAUGUUGGUGACCCACUUGAAUCAAAUUGCACCACUUCAAAAUGUAGCUGGCUGUUUUCUACAAGUUGUCCUCUAACCAGUGAUGUACACAUUAUUCCCAUAUUCCGUGUGGUUUUUGAGCUGUUAGUUUUAACAGGACGUGCAACCUCAUCUCCCUCCUGCUGCACAAUUGAUUUAAAAAUUAUAUCGAUGAGUGAUGACAAAUAAGUGUUGCGUUCUUUUAUUUAACUUCCAAAUGUAGCUGACUGUCUUCUGCAUGUUGUCCUCUAAUCAGUGAGGUGAAAGAUAUCUCCCAUUUCCAUGUGUUUUUAUAGUUAUGUUAGUUUCAACAUCACGUACAACCUGAUUUCCCCCCUAAUCGAUGUCAGUGAUGUAUUACUAUUUGUCAAAACAACAGCGUUUUUGGUGCUUAUGCAGUUUAUAAGGUGCUUGUUUAAGAAAAUACUUCAUAUGAUUAUUGUGGCAGAUGUUUGUGUAUAUAGAACAUUUUAUCUUUAAGAUUUCAAGUUAUCACAAACUUUCUCUGCAUUUGGAUUAUUGAUUUGGACACGUUAAAACUGUGACAUUGGGGCUAUCCCACCUAGGAAAAUGUCGUUGAAAAUAAGACUUUGCCCGACGUACAAUAUACGUUUGGUAUUAGUUGAAAGUGAAAGUUGAAAAGAAAACAAUUUAAUUUCAACAGCCUAUACACAUGGUCGCAGUGUAAUAAAUUGGUCUAUAAUCAAUUGUAUGAACAGUCCUACAACAUUCAAGUGCUAAAUGUCUUCAUUUCACAACUGAAGAAGCAUGAUUCAAAUCGCCUCAUAUUUCUCUGGGCUCGAACCCAGAGUCUGGUGGCACAGCUAACACUGCAUCGCAGGAGGCUGUGCACCACCCAGGAGGCUGGAAGUUGUUUUCUGUUGUUUUCUCUUGUCAAACAGAAAUAUAGGAUAAAGUUGUUGUCUUUAGGGGGAAGGUGUUACAGGCUUUGGUUUUUCCAUUUAUGUUUUGAGGUUGGAGGUUAGCAGGUAGGAAAGGAGGAUACCUUGUUCAAUUGAAAUGUGUCUUCAGUGCACUGAUUGGUGUCACCUUGUUAGUCAGUAUGUGUUACACCUGUGCUGGCUUAUACAUCUCAUUAGUGGGGAGGCGUUUCACUUGAGCUGGUCCAGGUUCUAUUUAAGAGUGUCUGGCCCAGUGGUCUAGUUGUCUUGAUAGAUGUGGAGAGUCAACACCUUUAGUUGAUCCACCUUUUUGGUUAAAGAUGUUUUCAUUUCAGGUUGAAGCUUCUUUCUGAAGAGAGCUUUUUUUGAAGAAAAAAAUGAAUACAAACAAGCAAACCUGGUUGGUUCCGGGGAUUGGUAUAGCAAAUACCGUAAGAUUUUCAUGGACUGAAAAGGAGAUGGAACCUUGGGGCAGGGAAACUUUUGGAAGGACCAUAUUGAUGGGAUGCCUCAGGAUAGAGGUGAAGGAAGUACUCUGCCUUCAAGGCAACCCAAAUGAAAAGGGUUUUGAUGUGACGUUUCACAAGCAAGAGAAACAUGAUGAUGUAUUGAAGAUGGCAAAGGAAGCGGAAAGAAAAGGACCCCUGUGCCAUUAUGCGGUGACCAGCCUGGCAAAGAACAACUUCAGGGUGGUCACCGUAAACAUGUACAAUCCGCACGUGAAGGAUGAAGAAGUGAGGGCCUUUCUGGGGAGAUACAUGGACAAUGUCUCCUCAGCGAGGUACCUCAGGGACUCCCUGGGUUUCUGGAACGGGAGGAGAGGGUUCCAGGCGUUACUCAGGGAGUCCCCGAAGAGUGUGGAUGGCUACCUCCAUCCUCCGGCGAUGUUCUCCCUGGGGGCUGACAGGGAACACUCUACUAUGCACGUCAGCCCCCGUUCUGCAGGCGUUGUAUGGCCUACGGCCAUAUCCUGGCCUCGUGCAGCGCCAAGAAAUGUCGUUUUUGUGGGUCGGAAGAACACGAGGCCAAGGAGUGUGACGAGCCCAAGGCUUGCCACGGGUGUGGCUCAAGAGCACACCUGUGGCGUGAUUGCCCGGCUCGUCACCGGUCAUACGCGUCU